CCCAUUCAGCGAAGAUGGCGAGCGGAGGAGUGUCUGUGGCUUCGCUGUGGACCGAAGUUAACCGCUGCGGACAGAAUGGAGACUUCACGAGAGCCCUCAAAGCUCUGACUAGAAUUUUGCACGAAAACAGGGAUGAUGUAACGGCCCUUCACUGUAAAAUAGUUUGCCUUAUACAGAAUGGCAGCUUCAAAGAGGCGCUGAAUGUCAUGAACACCCAUUCAAAGUACUUGGCAGCAAUUAGCAGUGAUGUAGUUGUGUUUGAGAAGGCAUACUGUGAGUACCGUCUGAACAGAGUGGAAAGUUCCCUGAAGACCAUUGAAAAUGCUCCUGUACAGACAGACAAGCUGAAGGAGUUGUAUGGUCAAGUGUUGUACAGACUAGAGCGAUAUGAUGAGUGCAAGUCUGUCUACACUGAUCUGAUCAGGAACUCCCAGGACGAGUACGAGGAGGAGAGGAAGACCAACCUUGCUGCUGUGGUGGCUGCAAUGAGUCAGUGGGAGGAAGCUCCUCUGGAAGAUCUAGGCCUCCCAGAGUCAACGUAUGAGCUGUGCUACAACUCUGCCUGCGCUCUGAUUGGACAAGGACAGCUCAAAGAGGCUCUGAAUAAACUACGAGAAGCAGAAGAGCUCUGCAGGGUUUCACUGGCAGAUGAUUCUGAUGUGACUGAGGAGGACAUCGAGUCAGAGCUGGCAGUCAUUCACUCUCAGAUGGCUUAUGUCAUGCAGCUACAAGGUCGAACAGAUGAAGCACUGCAGCUCUACAACCAGGUCAUCAAGCUCAAGCCGUCAGAUGUGGGGCUUCUGGCUGUGACGGCCAACAAUAUCAUCACAAUAAACAAGGACCAAAACGUGUUCGACUCAAAGAAAAAGGUGAAAUUAACAAACGCAGAAGGUGUUGAAUACAAACUGGCGAAGAAGCAGCUGCAGGCCAUCGACUUCAACAAAGCCCUUCUGGCAAUGUACACAAACCAGGCUGACCAGUGCAGAAAACUGUCAUCCAGUCUUCAGUCUCAGAACCCGGGUCACCCUCGACCGGUCCUCAUCCAGGUCGCUCAGCUGAGCAGAGAGAAGCAGCACACCAAGGCCAUAGAGCUCCUACAGCAAUUCUCUGAUCAACAUCCAGAGAGUGCUUCAGGAAUCAAACUAACAAUGGCACAACUGUACUUAGUACAAGGUCAUGUAACAAAAGCCUGUGAUGUCCUGAGGUCAAUUGAAGAGUUCAAGCACAAAGCGGGGAUGGUAUCGGCUUUGGUGACGAUGUAUUCCCAUGAAGAAGACAUUGACAGCGCUAUUGAUGUUUUCAAACAAGCUAUCGGUCACUACCAGUCUGAACAGCCUGGAUCUGCUGCACACUUGGCUCUUGUACGAGAAGCUGCCAACUUCAAACUUAAGUACGGGCGGAAGAAAGAAGCCAUUAGUGAUCUGGAGCAGCUGUGGAAACAAAAUACCAACGACAUCCACACACUGGCACAACUCAUCUCUGCAUAUUCUCUGGUGGACACAGAUAAAGCCAAAUCCCUCAGCAAGCACCUACCGUCUGCAGACACCAUGUCCUUUAACGUGGAUGUGGACGAGCUAGAAAACUCCCACGGAGCCACUUACGUCAGGAAAAAGGCUGCUAAAGUCACAGGAGAGAACCUUCCCAAAGAGCAAGGCCAAGUUGACAUCAAAAAGAAGAAGAAGAAAAAGAAAGGCAAACUACCCAAGAACUACGACCCCAAAGCGACCCCUGACCCUGAGAGGUGGCUGCCGAUGAGGGAGCGCUCCUACUACAGAGGCAAAAAGAAGGGAAAGAAGAAGGAACAAAUAGGAAAAGGCACACAGGGGGCGACGGCCGGAGCUUCAGCCGAGCUUGAUGCCAGUAAGACGGCCAGUAGCCCCCCUACGUCCCCCAGACCUGGGUCCGCGUCCGGCUCGUCUUCAGCUGCCGCCAGUAACGUGGUCCCACCCCGACAGCAGAAACCUGCGGCUUCAGGGGCCACACGCAAGAAGGCACCACAGAAGAAGAAGAAAGGAGGCAAAGGAGGCUGGUAGUCAGAGAGGUCAUGGGAUUCACUGACAUCUGUGUGGCCGAGAAUCAUCAAGAAUGCUUUUUUAUGUUAAAUUUGUGGUUUAGUUUUUUUGUUACAGCCCUGCAUUAAAAUAUUCGUAACCAAAACUUUUACCCUUCUACACCAUCAAUCAUCACCAGGGUGUUUUUUUUUUAAUUUACAGAAGGGAAGAUGGAGAUAUUUGCAUAGCCACUUGGAAGGUUCCACUCUAAUGAAAACUGACUUCAGGUCUGCUGAAAUGAACUUUUUGUCGCCCUGUAAAAGCAGAUGAUUGUUGGAUUUGUGUUUUUUUUUAGAUGUGACGUCUUGCAGUCACAAUGAAAUGAACAGACGUUACCUAUUGUUCAUGAAUGUCGUCAUUAUUAUUAUCAAAUGUAAAUAUUCAUUUAGUCGAAUCCAAACUCCAGUCAUGUCUCCUCUGACAUGUCGAGUUUUUCAGAGGUGUGUUGUACUUGUAAACACCUGUAAUAAGUUUAAAACAAAUCCCAUAAUCAAGUCCUUCACAACUAUUCAUGUUUUAUAGGAACACUUUUCAUUUAAGGUUAAAGAAAUUUACUUUGGAGUCCUUUUUUAUGAAGACAUCUGCUUAUGCAAGGCUGCAAACUUUCAUAUGUGGUAGAAUGUCCUUUUUUUCAUCUUUGUUGGGUCUGCAUCAUGUUUCCUGAUCAUGUCCCUCAGUCAUUUGAUGUGGUUUCAAAGAAUAUUUAUUUUUGAAUCCGUGUCGAUAAAAAUUCGAGCAAAAUAAUUUACAUUCUUAAAGGCAAAUGCAUGUUUUAGGAAAAAGAAGAAAGAAUAUUUUGGCCAAACAGGUGUCCCAUUUUGUUAAGUCUUAAUAAAAAUCUUGACAAUGAGAAA